AAUUCAACAAAGGGUGCAUUUUGUAGCCACUGCAGCAUCUCUACUACCUGCUGUCCCAUUUGUUCUUUUGCACAAGCUGGCCCUGGGUGGAUACACCCAGCCCUGCCUUCAGUCAGGAUCGUUCAAAGCCAAAGCAGGCCCACAGCAGAGGACCUCCUCAGUGACAAUGGCAAUGAUGUCCAGCGUUCUGGCAACAGAUACGCUUCCAGGGGAUUCUAAGGAUGAUGAGCGACCCAAAUGGGACAACAAAUUUCAGUACAUUUUAAGCUGUAUUGGAUUUGCUGUAGGGUUGGGAAAUAUAUGGAGAUUUCCAUACUUGUGUCAGACUUAUGGAGGAGGAGCUUUCCUAGUUCCAUACUUUGUUGCCCUGAUCUUCGAAGGAAUCCCCCUGUUUCACAUUGAACUCGCCAUUGGUCAGCGCUUAAGGAAAGGUAGUAUUGGGGUUUGGAGCACCAUCUCACCAUACCUUAAAGGAGUAGGCAUUGGAUGUUUUUUUGUUUCCUUCCUGGUGAGCUUGUAUUACAACACCAUUUUAAUGUGGGUGUUGUGGUAUUUUCUGAAUUCUUUCCAAAGCCCCCUUCCUUGGAGUUUUUGUCCCCUAAAUGAAAACAAAACAGGGCUUGUUGAAGAGUGCCAGCUUAGCAAUACUGUGAAUUAUUUCUGGUACAGGCAGACGCUAAACAUCUCAGCAGACAUCAAUGAAAGCGGGACCCCACAGUGGUGGCUGGCCAUGUGCUUAGUGGCCUGUUGGACGAUUGUGUAUAUCUGCAUUAUCAGAGGUAUUGAGUCCACAGGAAAGGCCAUUUAUUUUACUGCCCUCUUUCCUUAUCUGGUCUUGACUGUCUUCCUCAUCCAAGGACUCACCCUACCUGGAGCUACUGAAGGAUUAAUUUACCUCUUUACACCUAAUAUGAGCAUUCUCCAGAAUCCCCGGGUAUGGCUUGAUGCAGCCACUCAGAUCUUUUUUUCCCUUUCACUGGCUUUUGGAGGACACAUUGCAUAUUCAAGUUACAAUCCACCCAAGAAUGACUGUGAAAAAGAUGCUGUCACCAUAGCCGUAGUGAACAGCAUGACCUCCCUCUAUGCUUCUAUUGCUGUUUUCUCUGUCCUAGGCUUCAAAGCAACAAAUGAUUACUGGGCUUGUGUGGACAGAAAUAUCAUCAGCAUCAUCAAUGAGUUUGAUUUUCCAGACCAAAGUAUCCAGCGAGAGGACUACCUGGCCUGCUUCACACACUUGAAUUCAACCCAAUCAGGCAGAAUGGCACGGCUCCAGCUGAAGAGCUGCCACCUGCAAGAUUUUCUGGACAAGAGUGCCUCUGGUACCGGCCUGGCCUUUAUCAUCUUCACAGAGGCUAUGGUGCACAUGCCUGGCUCUCCUGGAUGGGCGGUGCUCUUCUUUGGGAUGCUGUUUUCCUUGGGUCUUUCUUCUAUGUUUGGGAAUAUGGAAGGAGUACUGACGCCUAUCCUAGAUAUGCAAAUUCUGCCCAAGUCAGUCCCCAAGGAAUUAAUAACAGCUGUGACAUGCCUAAUUUCCUGCCUCUUCGCUCUUUGUUUCACACUACAAUCUGGCAAUUACUGGCUUGAAAUCUUUGACAAUUAUGCAGCUUCCUUGAACCUAUUGAUCUUUGCCUUCUUUGAAGUUAUUGGUGUCAGUUAUGUUUAUGGAUUGACAAGGUUCUGUGACGAUGUGGAAUGGAUGACGGGAAGGCGGCCCAACAUCUACUGGCAGGUGACAUGGAAAAUCAUCAGUCCUCUGCUGCUGCUGACCAUCUUUAUAGCCUACAUCAUCCUAAUGAUACUAAAGCAGCCAACGUAUGGAUCCUGGGACCCACAAUAUGAUGAUUUCCCAAUCAAGCAAGAGAAAUUCUACCCUGGCUGGGUGCAAGUCGUCUCUGUGAUGUUGUCAUUACUUCCUUGCAUUUGGAUACCUGGGAUAGCAAUUUUUCAGCUAAUCAACAGGAGGAAAAGAAAAGGGAAGAAUUCAUGGCCAGCACCUGAUGGCAAAAACUCUAUUAAUCUGUAGGGGACUAAAGGGGUGAUUCUAUGUAAAAGAGGAAGGAAAUAGGGGACUUAACGUCAUAAACUGUGAAUCUGGCUUGUCGGGGUUGUUUUGUCACUUGGACAAGAGGGACAGUAUUCAGCAUCAGUAUGAAGAACAGUUUAUUCAGUUGGUACCCACGACAACAUUCUCUCUCCUAGCUCCAGAAUAUUCUACUCCUCAGCUUUCCCUUAGUUACUGGCUCACAAAUAUAUUUCCCAUUUGGAUAUCAAUAAUGCACAGCAGUGCAGUGGAUAGAGUGCUGGGCCUAGAGUCAGGAAGACUCAUCUUCCUGAGUUCAAAUCUGGCCUCAGAC